UGGAGCGGCUCAUGUUGGGCCCCGGAAGCGGAAGUUCCUUCCUUUCUCAGUUGGCGCUGCGCAGAGACACACAGAGACAAUGGCUCCUCGUAAAGGGAAGGAGAAGAAGGAGGAGCAGGUGAUCAGUUUGGGUCCUCAGGUGGCUGAAGGAGAAAACGUGUUUGGAGUCUGUCACAUCUUCGCCUCCUUCAACGACACCUUCGUCCACGUCACCGACCUCUCCGGGAAGGAAACGAUCUGCCGCGUGACCGGAGGGAUGAAGGUGAAGGCCGACAGAGACGAGUCGUCUCCGUACGCCGCCAUGUUGGCGGCUCAGGACGUCGCCCAGCGCUGCAAAGAGCUCGGCAUCACGGCGCUGCACAUCAAGCUGAGGGCCACCGGGGGCAACAGGACAAAGACUCCAGGUCCUGGCGCUCAGUCUGCUCUCAGAGCUCUGGCUCGAUCCGGGAUGAAGAUCGGACGCAUCGAGGACGUCACUCCGAUCCCGUCGGACUCCACCAGGAGGAAGGGCGGACGCCGCGGACGCCGUCUGUAAAACUGUAUCCACGUUUUCUGACAAUAAAGUUUAAAGUCACA